ACAAUUUUGAUGAUCGAUUUCAAUUUUUAUAAUCGAUUUCAAUUUUGAUAAUCGAUUGCGAUUUUGAUAAUCUAUUUCGAUAAUCAAUUUCAAUUUUGAUAAUCGAGUGUGUCUUUACUGAAUUGCAUUGGAAAGAAAAAGGGAUAGAGAAGGGAGUGCGCUGAAAUUGGCCAUGAGUUUUUCUAAUUUGCUCAAAUUAAUAAAGAGCUAAUUUCUCUGCGAGCACUGAAUGUACACAGACAUAAUUUCAAGACACUUUGUCCAUUCAGCACAAAAAUUCAAAAUUAUUUUACGAAAAGUUACUGGUCAUUGUUAAGCAACUAUUGCACAAUUUUUCCAAGAUACUUAUUUGGUUCGAGGGAACUGUUGAAAUUGGUGUGUGUUGAGUUUUCAUUAUUUUUAAAUUAACCUAUGCUUGAAAACAAAUGGCAACUGAGUAAAACUGUUGAACUGGUUUAAGCGUUUUCUUGAUUUAAAAAAUGAGUAUAAUUUUUCAUUAUAAUGACUUUAAUAUGUAGAUUACGUAAAUUUAUUCUUUGGACGAGGUCGCCCAAAUUGCAGGAAGACCGAAUUUAGUAAAUUGUGUUCGUUUAGUAUUGAGUGUCUGGUCGAUAAUUUCAUUCAGUUCCUUUCGUCCGUAGCAAAGUUGUUUAGUUUCUUUUCAAUAAUUAUUUUUAAAAAAAAAAUUCGCUGGAAUUGAGUCGUUACUUCGGAAAUAAUCAAGUAUCAUGUCGUCGAUGUAUUUGGAAUUGUGUACGAAAAGCCAACUCGAUGAUUUUUUCGCUGAAUUUGGCGCUACAGAAGAGUCGGUUCAAAAUGAUGUGAAAUAUUUGAAAGAAUGGAUGAGGCAACAACCUCAUUUGCCAAAUAUAGAAGACGAGGAAUGGCUGACUAAUUUCCUAUUAAGGUGUAAAAACAGCCUAGAAAGGACCAAAAAAUCGCUAGAAACGUACUACACGACGAGAGUCACAAUGCCCAAAGUUUUUCAAGAUCGUGAUCCAUGCAGCAAAGAAAUAGAGGAGCUUUCCCAACGAUGCUGUUUUAUUCCAAUUCCAAAAUUGACCCCGGAAGGACACCGAAUCGUGAUUUUCAAAAUUUUCGAAAAAGGAAACAGCGCACCGAACGGAGAUCUGAUCAUGAAAGGUACUCAAAUAGCAUCCGAUUACCUAAUGAAAGUUGAUAAAAAUCGAGGCCUGAUUCUAAUAAUGGAUUACGAAAAUAUCAACAUGAAUUACGUUACGGUGUUUUUAUCGACGGUGAAACAAUUUAUCACUAUAAUAACAAAAGCUACUCCUUAUCGUUAUCAUCAAAUAUAUCUUGUUAAUCACAUACCAGCGCUGGGACCGUUACUCACAAUUUUCAUGAAAUUGGUGAAAUCAAAAUUAGUUGAGAGGAUUACAAUGUGGAAAGAGGGGUCUGAAAAAUUGUGUACAGUCCUACCAAAAGAAUUGUUGCCGGAACAAUAUGGAGGAACGUAUGAAAAAACAUUCGAAGAGUUAAGAGAUCUUUUUUUCGAAGAUAUAGCAUCGAAACAAGACUGGUUCAUUUCUGAUGAAAAAAAUAAAACUGAUAUAAGUAAAAGACCUGCUGACCAUCCAUUUGUAGAUGAUUCCAGCAAUUAUGGAGCGGAAGGGUCAUUUCGUAAAAUAUGUUUGGAUUGAUUGAUGAUCAGUGAUUAAAUUAGGCAUAAGUAUAAUGCUUCUGUAAAUAAAUAUUUUCUUCAAAUCGA